CUCGUUCAGCAUGGAGCGACAGCAACCUGAAAGUGGCUUUGAACUCUACUCUGCUUCCACUGAUGCUUCUGCAAGAGGCUCUGCUGCAGCCUCUGCCCCUCAGAAUGUGGUGUUUGGCCAGUGCACUGAGUUUUCACAGGGUGACCUGUUGAGAGAUGAGAGACCAGGAAGUGCUGGCAGGUGGAGCCCGGUGUCAGAUGGGAGUGAGGCCUGGUUUACUUGAACAGGACCAAUACAGGUUUGGGCUGCCUGUGGGCAUUUCAAUUUACCGUGAGAGGGAAUGGAAAAGGCAGACCACCAUCACCACCAAGAGCAUCAUCAUUAGAAGGGGCUACGCCGUGCUCUCCCAGAGCUUUGGGUUCCUCCGGCGGGUCAGAGGAGACAACUACUGUGCCCUGCGAGCCUCCUUGUACCAGGCGCUGAUGCGCACUACCAAGCUUCCUGGCUGGCUGAAGCAGAAGAGCAUCUUAUUGGUAUGCCGAUCUCUUCUACACUCCUUUACACCUGCAAAUUCCUCAUGCCCACAAACACCUAUGACGUAAGAUACAGUGGAAAACUCCUCAUUAAUAAUGUCACAUUUACACUGACACACCUUGCCAUAGCUCACUGCCUAACAUCAUACCCAUUUCAUCACACCACGACUGACGACAUUGAGGGACAUUUCCUAGAUUUGAAAUCCAUCAUUGUGACACAUACCACAACAUAAUUCACCUCAAACCAUGCGAAUUUAACCCCAUUGAGACCCUCGUACUCCUAGAACAUA